UCUCCUAGCUGAUUAAUCUCAUACUCUGUCAUUAAGGAUUUUGAAGCUGCCUUCCUUUGGUGUUCAGAUGAAGAGAAAGAAGAUACGGUGUAGAUUACUGUUGUCUUGAGUGGGUUAUGUCAUGUUACAUUCUCCUCUACACCUCAGCUGAACCACUGGAAACAACUUUGAUGCUGUUCUCUUCUGCUCCCGUUUAUGGUCUCUUCCAGAAUCUAAUCUGUCAGACCUGGAAGCACAAAGAAUAUGGUACCUUGUGCAAAGAUGUCAAAUGCAUUGCCAUUUAUCUUGCUCUUCAUAUUCCCAAUGCUGCUGUCUGGGGCUUGGUUUCCCAAAACUUUACCCUGUGAUGUUAAAUCUUCAGAAGGUGCUGUGACAGUGGACUGCACUGACCGGCGCCUUACAGAAGUCCCCAGAGGGAUCCCUGGAAAUGCUACCAACCUCACUCUGAGUAUUAAUAACAUUCCCCAUAUCAACCCAACAUCCUUAAAUCAUCUUGAAAACCUCGAGGAGAUUGACUUCAGAUGCAACUGUGUGCCUGUCAAACUGGGGCCCAAAAAUCAUGUGUGCACCAGCCCACUGAAAAUUGAGAAUGGUAGUUUUGCUGCCUUGACAAGAUUGAAAGCAUUGUAUCUGGAUGCAAACCAGCUGGCAGAAGUACCCCGAGGUCUUCCUGCUGCUUUAAGCCUGCUGAGUCUGGAAGCAAACAGUAUCUUUUCUAUCCAAAAAGCCAGCUUCUCGGAGCUAGGGAACAUAGAGGUGUUGUAUCUUGGACAGAACUGUUACUACCGUAAUCCAUGCAAUGUUUCAUUUGAAAUUGAGAAAACAGCCUUUCUGGGGCUGAAAAAGUUAACAGUACUAUCCCUGAAGUCCAACAACUUAACACAAAUUCCUCCCAGUUUGUCAUCUACUUUAAAGGAAUUGUAUAUUUACAACAACAUGAUUCAAGAGAUUCAAGAGAAGGAUUUAAGUGGUCUCCCCAACCUAGAAAUUCUCGACCUAAGUGGCAAUUGCCCACGUUGCUAUAAUGCCCCAUAUCCCUGCAUUCCCUGUCCCAAGAGCUCAAUUCAGAUACAUUCAAAUGCUUUUGAUUCUUUGGAAAAAUUAAGAAUUUUGCGGCUUCACAGUAACUCUCUACAGAGCAUACCCAGCAGCUGGUUUAAAAACUUCAGGAAUCUCAAAGAACUUGACCUCUCCCAAAAUUUCCUCAUAAGGGAGAUUGGAGAUGCUCAGUUUUUGACAUUUAUCCCCAGCCUUGUGCAGCUUGAUCUGUCCUUUAAUUUUGAACUGAAGGUGUAUUCUCCCUUCUUGAAUCUUUCUGAGACAUUUUCUACCCUCUCUAACCUGGAAAUCCUGAGGCUCAAGGGUUAUGUCUUUAGAGAGCUGAGGGCACAAGAUCUAUAUCCACUGCUCAGUCUUAGGAAUCUAACCAUGUUGGAUCUCGGGACUAAUUUUAUUAAAAUUGCAAACCUAACUGUGUUUGAUGAAUUCCCAGCUCUUAAGUUCAUUGAUCUCUCAGUGAAUAAAAUUUCUCCUUCUUCAGGGGAAAGCAACCUCUAUGGAUUUUGCUCUAAUCCUGCCAUUUCAGUCGACCAAUACAACAGACAAGUACAACAAGAGAUGCAUUAUUUUAGAUAUGAUGUGUAUGAGCGAAGUUGCCGUUCCAAAGACAAAGAGGAUUCUUCUUACCAGUCUUUAGUUAAGGAAGAUUGCCUUAACUAUGGAAAAACAUUGGAUUUAAGCAGAAACAAUGUAUUUUUUGUUAACCCCUUAGACUUUCAGGGGCUUAGCUCCCUGAAAUGUCUUAACUUGUCAGACAAUGCAAUAAGUCAAACUUUGAAUGGAAGUGAAUUCUUUUACAUGUCUGGAUUGAAAUAUCUGGAUUUUUCUAACAACAGAGUUGAUUUGUUAUACCAAACUGCUUUCAAAGAACUAAAAUAUUUAGAAAUUCUAGAUCUGAGCAAUAACAACUAUUACUUUCUGGCAGAAGGUGUUACUCACGUGCUAAGUUUUAUGAAAAACCUACCCCAUUUGAGGAAGCUGAUGAUGAAUGGCAAUGAUAUUUCCACCACUAUUGAUACAGGAAUGGAAAGUCAAUCUCUUCGAAUUUUAGAAUUCAGAGGAAAUCACUUAGAUGUUCUUUGGAAGGAUGGCAAUGAUAGAUACUUGUCAUUCUUCAAGAAUCUGACCAGCCUGGAAGAAUUGGAUAUUUCCUUCAACUCACUCAGUUUUUUGCCUCAUAGUGUUUUUGAAAAAAUGCCUCCUAGUCUCAAGGUCCUCAACUUAACGAAUAAUCAGCUGAAGAGUUUCAUUUGGGGAAACCUCCCCUCUCUGAAGAACCUCGUAACUCUGGACCUGAGCAAUAACCUUCUGACUAAUGUUCCUCGAGAACUGUCCAAUUGCACUUCAUCGCUGCAGGAACUGAUCCUGCGAAACAAUCGCAUUCACGUGCUAACCAAACAUUUUCUCCGGGGUGCUUUUCAACUGAGAUACUUGGACCUCAGCUCAAACAAGAUUGAAAUAAUUAAGAGAUCUAGCUUCCCUGAAAAUGUCAUUAACAACCUGAAGAUGCUGCUUUUGCACGGCAACCCCUUUAAGUGUAACUGUGAGGCUGUGUGGUUUGUGUGGUGGAUCAACCGGACGCAGGUGACCAUUCCUCUUCUGGCCACAGACGUCACCUGUGCUGGCCCAGGGGCACAUAAGGGAAGGAGCGUGGUUUUCCUGGACCUGUACACCUGUGAGCUGGACACGUCCUAUUUGAUCCUGUACGCUCUGUCAGCUUCAGCCGUCCUGGGCUUGGCGGUGUUCACUGUGAUGAGCCAUCUCUACUUCUGGGAUGUGUGGUACAGCUACCAUUACUGCGCUGCCAAGCUGAAGGGCUAUCAGCGCUUGUCGUCACCAGCCGCUUGCUACGAUGCCUUUAUUGCCUAUGACAGUGAAGAUCCAGCUGUGAACGAGUGGGUGCUGCAAGAACUGAUUGAAAGGCUGGAAAACCAAAAAGCCAGGCAGUUCAAUUUAUGCCUGGAAGGAAGGGACUGGCUCCCAGGACAGCCGGUCUUUGACAACCUUUCCCAGAGCAUUCAGCUGAGCAAAAAGACCAUAUUUGUGCUGACCAACAGGUAUAUUAAAAGUGGCCGCUUCAAGACAACAUUUUAUAUGGCUCAUCAGCGCCUUCUAGACGAAAAAAUGGAUGUCAUUAUCUUGAUAUUUCUUGAGAAGGUUUUGCAGAAGUCCCGCUAUGUCCGUCUGAGGAAGAGGCUGUGCAGAAAUUCAGUCCUGGAAUGGCCAACUAAUCCUCAGUCUCAGCCCUACUUCUGGCAGUGCCUGAAAAAUGCCAUAGCUACGAGCAAUUCUCUGGCUUACAACAAGCUUCUUCAAGAAACUGUUUAGUUCUACUCUUUCCCUUAAAUAUUGUCAUGAUGCACAUGCACCUUGCUUGACACUUUUUAGUGCACAGCAAGAAACAAUGCACUACCCCCUGGAAGUCAUUGUUGCAGAAAAUCACCACUUCCAGCUUUUAGUUCACUAUAUGCCUCCAGCAUCUUCUGUGGUUGGGGCAAGUGUGGAUUAGACACUUGGUCAACGUGCUCAAGUAUACAGAGUGAAGGAGUGGUUGCACCAUGCCCAAAGUUGCACUUCAGACACUGCUGGAAUAAAUGGGAUUUUAGUUAAAAUGUAUAGUUUCUCUAUUUGCUGUAUUUAUGAAAAUCAAGAAAAGAAAUCGCUUGCACAUUUGUGUCUGGAAAUAGCUUUAUAAAAGCUCAUUCUUUGAUCUUAGGAGUUGGGAAAAUCAAAGAUUUUUUUAUCUUAGGCUUACAGCUUCUGAGUCUUCCACUUUUGUCUGCGUGGGGAAACUGGGGAGAGCAAAUUCUGUGACUGGUGUCAGGGGCUUGGGUCUGGUACAGGAACUCUCCCUUUGUUGCACAGUCAAAAAGCUCACAAAUCUGAAGAGACUUGGAAGAAUUUGUGUGGACUGAAAUAGGAAGGUGAGAUGUGAAUUCAGAAAAGCUUGUAGGCUGUAGGUGGAAAAGAGUUAUAAGAUAAAGAAUAACUCCUUGUGCAUGGACUGCUGCAUGGGUGCAAGGAGAGGGAGCAGGACAGCAGAUGGGCAGAGGGAGGGGCACAAGGCAGAUGGAGAAAAUCUGUUAAAAGAUACAAAGAACUAGCUAGCUUCCAGAUCCUUCCAAUUCAAACCAUUCUAUGAUUAUGUGAUCUCAGCUGCCUCUGGUAGUUCCUUGCCUACCUUUUCUGUCUGGUUCUUUCUUUAAAUAGUCCCCUUUUUGAUUUAGUUUAGUAGGCAUGCAGACAGACAAGAACACAAACAGGAAAACUAAUGUUCAUAUAAUAUUAUAGACAAGAAGGAUUUUUUAUCCUCCAAAUUAUCAUAGUGGUGUUAUUGAUUUACAACAGAAGCAGGAGAAAUAUUCUCCUGUAUAGAAGAGUGGAUGUUUUAUGAUUUUAUUUUAACAUUGGAAGGAGGAUCUGGGGAACUAAAGGCGUGUCAGCCUGACAUCAGUGCCAAUGAAGGUCAUGGAGCCAAUCAUCUUGAAUGCCAUCAUGCAAGAAGUACAGGACAACCAGGGUAUAAGGUCUAGCUGGCAUGGGUUUAUGAAAAGGAGAUCUUCCUUGACCAGCCUGGUCUCCUUCUGUGACAAAAUGACCUGCUUAUUGGAUGAGGGAAAGGCUGCGGAUGUUGUCUAUCAGAGUUUAGUAAAGCCUUUUACGUAAUUCUCCACAGCACUGUUUAGCCAGGAGAAAAGGUGGCUCAGGGAGACCUUAUCACUCUACCACCACCUGAAAGGAGGCUAUACUCAGUGGGAGUCAGUCUUUUCUCCCAUGUAGAAAGUGACAGGAUGAAAGGAAAUGGACUGGAGUUGCACCAGAGGAGGUUUACAUUAGAUAUUAGGGAAAAAAAUUUCAUUGAAAGAGUUGUCAAGCAUUGUAACAGACUGCCCAGGGAAGUGGUGAAGUCACCAUCCCUGGAACUGUUAAAAAAACAUGUGGAUAUGGCACUUGAGAAUAUGUUUUAAUGGUAAACAUGAUCAUGGUGUUAGGUUGAUAAUUAGGCUUGAUGAUCUUAAAGUCUUUUCAACCUUAAUUAUUAUAUGAUGCUACGGUUUCUUAUGGUAUUCUUAACCAAUGAUUUGAAGUUCAACUACUUUGUGCGCAUUGUGACUGAGAUAGUCACCAAUCACCACUUUGCCCAUGAAUCCCUCUCUGUUUCCAAACAACAAAUCUAGGUGGACAUGUUUCCUAGUCAGUUCCCUUAAUAUCCCCACCAAGAAAUCAUCUCCAACAUGCUUUGGGACUGCUUGUGUCCAUUGUAUGGUGUUGCUAAUUGAGGUCUAGGAAGUUAAGAUCACCCAUAAGGACAAAGACAGCUGACCUAGAGAUAUUCCUUAUUUUUUUAUGGAAUAAUUCCUUAGUGUCAUGGUCCCAGAUGGGUGGUUGAUAGUAUACUCCCACAACAUCUUUAUCCUUCUCAGAGACUCUUAACCAUGUCAUCAUCAACCCCUCCCUCAUAUAAAGAGCCACCCCCUGAUUUGCCUGUCCUACCUAUCCUUUCGGAAGAGUCUAUAACUGUGUUAUAACACAAGAACAAAAUGAAUCAACAGUAUUGUUUGGUAAAGAAAAUUUCUUAAAUGUAAGAUCAUUUAACCCACAUUACUUUGUACUUAAGUUGUUAAUAACCCUGAGGUCUGGGGCCACAUAAUUAUACCACAGUCUGCACCUCAGCACUACACAAAAGGCAUACAAUACAUUUCAUGCACUGUAUCAGUUCAGUUGCUUUAUAUAUCAGACCUUUGAUUCAAAGUGCUGAAUUAUUUGUCUUCCUUGUGCACAAGUACUGUAAAUAAAGCUUCAAAAUUACUUGUGCCAAGAGGUUGCUUAUGCUUCUAUUCUUUUGAAACUCUUUUUUUGUAGACUGUGGCCUGCAUCAGUCAAAUAGAGAAGAAUGUAGGCACUGACUCUCAUGCAAACCUUGUUCUUAUAUCAUCCUCCAGCUUUCCUGAAUAUAAGGAUGAACUGUUAAUCACAUCAGACUGUUAAACAUCAUAAUAAGAUCAUCUUUCUCUUUUUUAUUAUGGUCUGACAGAAGGGACACAACAUUAAACUUC